UGCGAGUGAUUGAAGCAGUUCGAGACGUAUUUCGUAGCAUUGUGCAGUUGAAAAUAUGGCAGCUGAUUAAGCUGAUUGUGUAUGAGAGAAAGCUUAUAGUGUUUCUGUAUUUACGUGUGUAUUUUUUCGAUGAAAAUCGGUUUAAGUUGGAAAAUAGUGGCAGUGAAACGGGAACAUUGUGUCGAACGAAAAACGCCAAAAUCGAGUCGUUUCUGAAAAUAAUCACUUUGGAUUUUGUACACCUUAAUAUCUGGACUGAUGACAGUAGAAAUUUCUAAAUUUAAAUUGUAAAGUGGAAAGAAACUUGUGUGUUUACGCAGUUUUUGAGGAAAAUAUUUCCGCUGGCUGCAGGUGCAAAAUCCUCACUCCCUCCCAAAAUCUGGUACCAAACAAUUUGGCACCCAAAUCACUCACUGGUCAUCAAUUCGGGUCGGUUUCGAAAGCCCCUUUUGAAAGUGAUGUUAAAAUAAACAGGUAAAUCUUAAAGUAUGUGCAACAAGAGGACUUACAACACUUCCAUAACUCGUACGGAAAUAUGUACGAAAUUGGUUAACGACACAUAGUGGUUUUACUUGGUAUAAUGCACCCUGUUAGCAAAUAUGGUACCAUCUCUCAACAAAAUUCCUGCAUAUAUGACACUCCAUGUGACCCAAAGGAUAGUGACUAUGAGAAGCUGUUUUGCCCCAAUAACGAACUAUCAGAACCCCCCAAAACCAGGUGUGAUCGACUGAAGACUGGCUCCUCUUGUCAAGCCCUCAAACAUGCAGUUUCUGCUCUACAUAGGCUGGACGACUUCCACAAGGAGAAAAUUGGCUCAGGCUUUUUUUCGGAAGUUUUCAAGGUGACCCAUAAAGUAACAGGACAAGUGAUGGUCCUGAAAAUGAACCAGCUCCGUUCCAACCGUCGCAACAUGCUAAAAGAAGUGCAAUUAAUGAACAGACUGUCCCAUACAAAUAUUCUUAGAUUGAAAGGGGUGUGUGUGCAUGAAGGGCAAUUGCAUGCUCUCACUGAGUUUUGUAAUGGAGGUUCACUGGAUCAGGUGAUCCAGAAUGGAUCGAUCGACUUGCCCCAAGAGCUCAGGCUGAGUAUCGCUCGCGACAUGGCUUGCGGUAUGGAAUAUCUGCACUCCAAGGAAAUCAUUCAUAGGGACUUGACCAGUAAAAAUGUUCUCAUUAAACGCCUAGAGUCCGACCACCGGCAAGCCGUAAUCGGCGAUUUUGGCCUGUCCACCAACAUCCCGGACCCGGAAAGCAAAAACAAGCUCUGCACAGUUGGAUCGCCUUACUGGAUGUCUCCAGAAUGCCUCAAGGGGCUUUAUUACGAUCAACGCAGCGACGUCUUCAGCUACGGAAUUGUGCUGUGCGAGUUAAUCGCCCGAGUGGAAGCCGACCCCGACGAGUUACCGAGAACAGACAACUUCGGCCUGGAUUAUCUAGCUUUCACCGAGCUGUGCGGUCCAAAUGUAGUACCUGACUUUUUAAAACUUACUUUUCGAUGUUGCACCAUAGACCCGAAAAGUCGGCCAACUUUCACGGAAAUCAAACAUACACUUGGCGAUAUUUUGAACGAGAUGAACAAAGUUACGGAGAGUAGGGAAACGAGUAUUUCCAGCUGCGCGGCCAAGAGUGAGGAGCAAUUGCCGAUCGCGAUUAUUCAACAGUCUUGUGCACCCCAGCACAGGAAAAUUGUUCAUCGACGGUCUCUUUCAGAAGACGUAUCCGUGCUGGCGCUCUCAAUGUUCUUGUCGCCGAGCGACAAAGCGCGUCGACACGCCCUCACCAUGUGCAAACAAGAUCCGCACUACAAGCCGCGCACUACCAAUCCAUUUGCCGCCCUGACCCAGUUCCAUGGAGUGAAAAAGUUGCUGGGAAAGUUCUCGUCCUGUUGCGAGUUGCCUUCUCCGUUUAUCGAGUCUUCCAAUGCCGAGGCGCCAAAGUCGCUGCCCGGUUCGCCGACAGCCACAAGGAAAUGUGCUAAAAGUAAGUCUUCCCUGUUCGUUCAUCCCUUGUACAAGGGCGGGUCUAGUAGCAAUUUAUCGGAAAUUAUGGGCGCUAAUGAAGGGGCCACUUCGGUUAAUUUACGGCGGCGCGGUUCGUGUGAAUCGGGGUUCUACUCUAGUAUUGGCGAGUGCUUGUCUCCCAGCAGCCUUUGGGGCGACAGUGGCACUGCCGUGAGUUCCUUGCGGUCUCUAGAUGAGCUGGAGCCGGCCGAGCUGCAAGCCUUGUGCAAACGAGCAUCGUCCAUCUACACUGAUAGCAGUGAGGACAUCUCGAGUCUGGGCGGGUCUGAUUGUUUCGCGGACUUGCAGCCGAACAUAUCGACAAUCGUAGAUUACUUUGAAAAAAAGGGGGCGACUUUGAGACACCCUGGGGGCGUUAGGGGCGGGUUGCAGUUGAGCAGCUCGAGGAUUGCGGCUCUGCGAAGAUCGUUGGAGCGACAUAACUCUUCAACGGCUUCAGGAUCCGGCAUCAGUUUGAAUCCGCAGAGGCCAAAAUGUUCCAGACUGGUUAUUUGUGAGGGCGCUGUUCGGUCUAAGUUGCCUCUUUUUGAUAAAAAGUAGACUUGUUUUCUAGUCAUCGUUCUCCUAGAUUAAGCUAUAUGGUUGCAAAUCAAUUUCCUCCAUGCGAAUAUCAAACGGCCUAAGCUUCUACACUGAGGUUCACCGCGUGGCAAAUUUUCCUAGGCGAAUGAUAUGCAGAAUACUGCAACAGUUUCUUUAAAGGGAAUUUUAUUUUACUAAUGGCAAAUUUUUAUGUUCUGGAAUUGCUGUAUUCUGUAUAUUAGGUUAAAGAUAAGUAUUAUUUGUAUAAUUUGUAUCCAGUCCAGUAGUGGUGUUUAAUAUAUCUUCAGUACACGUUAUGGUAAACCAGACUGCCGCAUUAGAGUAUUUUAUUUAACUAUUAAUUUCGCUGCAAUUUGUUAUAUUAUUUAUAUAAAGUACCCCUACACUUCAGUAUCAUGAUUUAUUAUGCGCUAAAUUGUUUUUCUUUCACUUAAGCGGAAGGAGGAAUUAUUUAGUGUUUGUUUGGGAACACAGUCCUAAUUUUGCAAUAUUAACUACGUUAUAUUAAAAGCGAUUGGCAUUUAAGGGCUGACUGAAAGGAAAUGUAUUUUAAAGCAAUAAUGAUUUAUGAAACGUUUUAUACGUCUUUAAUUGCUGUUGCCGCCACCAAGUAUAUUUAUUGUGUUGUGAAGUGUCCAUAAAUGACUUGUUUAGUUCGUAUCUGAAAGGGAAUUCAAAAUAAAAGCAACGUCGACUUUUAAAACAUUCAGUGUUUCAGUAUAUGCUAUACGGGGUCGUACAGACCUUAAAUCGCUAGGUAUUUAAUACUGCCUGGAAAACAAUACAUACGGAUUUGAGUGUAGUUAACUAACGCCUGAAUAUGGCCUAGGCUUGACGGGGCCUCCAGUCAGGCCUACAUUCGUUUAAAACUGUAUAUAGCUAAGAUUACAAGUUCCUUAUAUUGUAAACUGAAGAAACCAUUCGAUUAACAGAGGCCGCAUGUUAGGGAGUUCUUGCAUUGUUAUAUAAAUUAAUGUAUUUAUAGCGGUAUGUGGAGUUUGUCAAUCAAUAAAAUGCAAUUAAUAACAAAACUUAAA